CGUUUGACGCGACUCGUGUUUACAUGCUGUUUUGGGCGUCACUGGCAGCAUGGCACUGAGUCACAAGCAGAAGGGUGAUGUGGCGCGAGGGCACAAGGGUUCUUGGCGAGGAUAUUUGAACAAGAGACGAUCAUUUAAAUACCUUCACGGACAAACAGGCUAUGCCGGGGUCUAGAUACGUCAAUGUGGAGGGCUGGAGCAGCAAGCAGGUAGCUAGCUGGCUGAGAGAACAAGGAUUUCGUGAAUAUGUGGAUCUCCUGUGCUCCAAGCAUCGUUUGGAUGGAGCAAGCCUCCUGUGUCUCAGUGAGGCUGACCUACGGUCUCCCCCGCUGGAAAUUAAGGUGCUGGGUGACAUAAAAAGAUUGAUGCUGGCCCUGCGAAGACUACAGAGGCAACACGCAGCCCUCACGCACUCGGGGGUCAGCACAUUGUCCCCUAUGCACACUGGUGCCGUAUGUAAUGGCUUUGCUGAAGGAGGUAGAAGAGACUAUCAACACUCUAACGGGGUCAGGUCGAUCACCACGGUUGGUGAUGAACAUAGCACCGGUUAUUCGAAUGGGAAGCAUAAGCAGAAUGGCGUUCGGCUGGACCCGGAGUAUUGGAAGACUGCACUCAGUACUCUCUACGCUAUGCUGGUGUGCGGUGUGACAUCAUUUGUUAUGGUGCUCGUGCAUGAGAGAGUUCCAGACAUGCGGACGUACCCGCCACUUCCAGACAUUUUUCUGGACAGUGUACCCAGAAUUCCCUGGGCCUUUGCCAUGGCUGAAGCAUGUGGCGUGGUGUUGGGUUUCUUAUUGCUGUUGGUGUUGUUGAUGCACAAACACAGGUCUAUUCUGUUUCGCAGGUUGUGUAGUUUGAUGGGGACGGUUUUUUUGCUUCGCUGUGUCACGAUGUUUGUCACAUCACUGUCUGUACCUGGUCAUCAUCUGCAGUGUUCAGGCAAGGUGUAUGGUGAUACCUGGGCAAAAGUGCAGCGUGCGCUGGACAUCUGGACUGGGUUUGGCAUGUCUUUAACUGGUGUACAUACAUGUGGAGAUUACAUGUUCAGUGGACACACUGUUGUUCUCACCAUGCUCAACUUUUUUGUCACCGAAUAUACACCACAUAACUGGAACUUCAUCCACACCAUGUCUUGGGUCUUGAAUCUCUUUGGAAUCUUCUUCAUCUUGGCGGCACACGAACAUUACUCCAUCGACGUCUUCAUUGCGUUUUACAUCACCACCAGACUGUUCCUGUACUACCACACGUUGGCCAACACACAGGCCUAUCAUCACAGUCGCAGAGCUCGUAUCUGGUUCCCUCUCUUCUCUUUCUUCGAGUGCAAUGUGACCGGAACGGUUCCAAACGAGUACUGCUGGCCUUUCUCCAAACCUGCUUUUAUGAAGAUCUUUAUAGGAUAGAUCAUCUGUGUGGGUUCUGUUUUUGACCUUUGGAUUUUGGGGGAAAAUAUUUAUUUAUUUAUUGCACUUGUUCCCUUGUUUGAAACCCCUGUCUGCAAUUACACCGUAAAUCGGAAAUUUUGGUUUUUUGGUGGCUUGAACUUGUUUUUGACCAUGUCUGCCUGUUUACUAGUCUAUAAAGCAUUUGGACUACUUAAUUUAGCAAUAUUAAAGUUUUCUUUGACUUUCUUUAAAGCAGAUUCCAGAAGUCAGUCAUUAAAGUGCACAACAUCAGAAUUAUGUCAAACGGUUAAACACAGUAUCUCAUAUAUAAACCUUUGCAGUAUAAGAUAUUAGGGGGAGGAAAAGAUACAAAUGUUGGUUUAAUCAUCGUUUAAUUAUUUUAUACUAAUACCUCAGUAUUAAUUGCUCUAUGGUGCCAUUUAUUAGGUCUGGAUACUUAAUGGUUCAAACUAAAUGUCUUAUUAUAAGAUAGUAUUUGAUAUAAUAUUUGUUUUACUAAUUUUGACAUGUUGCUACUAACAAUUUGCAUUUUUAUAUGCUGUAAAACUUUUUUCGUGUGAUUCCAGAAAGAGAUUUAAAUUUGUAAAUGUUUUGCCAAAAUCUGCACUAUAGUAUUACUGUUAAUAGCCAAUAUUUAAUGCCUUUAUUAAAAGGGAGUUGCAGCAUUUUUUUACCAUAAGAUUAAUGUUUUUCAAAACACUGCUGUAUGUGUACAUGAAAUGUAAUUAAAGUUUUAAAUAGUUUAGAAAAUCGUAAGAUUAUUUGACUGGAAUAAUAAAAGUUUAUAAGCAAGCA